UCUAGUGUCUCUAGAUUUUACAAAAAUAAUUUUAAACACUUUUUUCUCAAGCCUGAAGAACAAAAGGAAGAAUUAAGAAAACUUUUAGAGUUAAUACCAUCACUGGAGUACAACGUGGAUCAAAUAAGAAAGAAAAAUAAUGCAUUAGAAGAAGAAAGAACUGGAUAUAAGAAACUUCUAGAAAUGACAAUAAAUAUGCUAAAUAUACUUGGAAAUGAAGACUUCAGUUCCUAUGGAGACUUAACAGAUCAACUGAAAAUGCAUAUUCUGAUUAAGAAGAUAAAACAUAAGCUUGAUGAUCUUACAGCAGAGGAGGAAGCUCUGUCUUCAAAAUGUAUCAAUUUGGCUAAAGACAAUCAAGUUAUUCAACAGGAGUUAUUAUCUAUGAAAAAAGUACAACAGAAACGUGAAAAACUUCAAGAGGAUAAAAAGAAGUUGGAAGAAGAAAUAUUAAAUCUUAAGACACAUAUGGAAAAAAAUAUGAUAGAAGUUGGUAAAGUACAAGAAUAUAAAUCGGAGCUGGAAGGAAGGGUAAUGCAAGCAAUAAAAAAAUUAGAGGAAAUUCAUUUACAGAAACAAGCAGACUAUGAAAAACAAUUAGAGCAGUUAAACAAGGAGGAUGAUAUGGAGAUCAUGAUUAAAGAUGCGGAAUUUAAACUCUCUGAAAUAAAAACUGCUUAUGAAGAGGCUGCAACCGAAUUAGAAAAAUAUAAGGAAGCCUUUGCAGCAGCAUUAAAAGCUAACAAUUCCAUGUCAAAAUUCAUGAAAUCGAAGAAGAAAAUAGCAGUGAUCAGCAACAAGUUUCUUAUGGAGAAAGAGGGGAUGAAAUCUUGUCUCAGCACUCUUCCGAGGAGGCCAGAUCCAGAGUCACCUUGUGUUGAAAAUCUUAAUAGUAUGCGGUGCAACAGAAAUAUAUUCCCGAAAUAUAUUUCUACUUCAAACCCACAGACUUCAAAUAACUGGAAGUAUUUGUAAGAAUUUCUACUUCAAACCCACAGACUUAAAAUAACUGGAAGAACUACUUGACUGAGAUGGAGCUGGACUGUGUAGAACAAAUAAAGAAAGAGAACUGUUGCUGUGAUGGACACUUGCUCCCGUCUACUUCCUUAUCUAUUAUCCACUAGUUAACCGCAUCUAAUGAAGAGAAUAUCUAAACCAUAAAAUCUUAAGCCCUGGAAUGAGUGAUUUUUCUUAGAAGCAGAGGUGGAGCAACUGAGGAAGCACUGGCGAGCCUUCCCCAGCACAUGCGCACUGGUCCCAACAGAAGAACCACUGCUGCAUCCACUGAGGCUCCUGUUGUGAUGGGUUGUGUCACUCCAUGAUGUCACUGUUGCUGAGCCCCUGUCGCUUCUGUGUUGUGGAGCAGUUAGAUACACACAGCAGUGUCUGUGAUUGGCUCUGCGUGCAGGACUGUUUUCUAGGUGAGAGGCAUAUCUCAGCAGAGCUGACUGAACAGACUCAGAUGUCUUGGCUGCUCUACAAGGGAGACCCCUUUCAGAUGUGGAGCUGGACAUGGUGACUCCUGCUGGAUGUCUAGAAUGUGGAAACCUAAGGAAAGACGUACAGCCUUUCUGCGCUCAUCCAGAGCAGGAAAAACAGGCCAGGCGGUGUCAGGAGCCCAGGCCUCCAGCUGGAGGGAACUUCAACCCUGCAGUGGGAGCAGAGGCCCUUCACAUCCUAGGCACAGAUGGGAACAUAGGCACUGCAGGGACUUGGUGUUUGGGCGCUGUCCAUCCUCUGGUGCUGAAGUAGCCAAGAGACCCAAACCUGCCUGGCUGCCUCUUAGGAUAUGACAGCACAGCCAGUGACCUCUACUGGGCCCUGUAGAACCUCACAAGACACCCAGAGACUGGGAGUGCUGCCAGCAUGCGUUGCAAGAGCCCUGAGGGCCCACAAUCCAGAAGACAUUGAAUGGUGGUGUUCUUGCUCAUUGCCGGAUCUGCGGUCAGGGCCCCUGGCCUCAACCCCAGGUCUGACCCUUGCAGUGCAGCCAGGCCAUUCUGGAGGAAUCAUGCCCUUGGAAGGAGCCCUGAGGAGUGACUGGCUGUCCAUGACAAUCAGAUCCUGAUUGUUAUUGGUGAGACAGGAUCUGGAAAGACAACACAGGUCACCCAGUACCUGGCGGAGGCAGGCUACACUUCCAGGGGCAAGAUUGGGUGUACCCAGCCCAGAAGAGUGGCAGCAAUGUUAGUGGCCAAAAGGGUGUCGGAAAAGUUUGGUUGUUGCUUAGGCCAAGAGGUGGGCUAUGCCAUUCAAUUUGAGGACUGCACUAGCCCUGAAACAGUCAUCAAGUACAUGACAGAUGGAAUGUUGCUUAGGGAGUGCUUGAUUGACCCUGACCUCACUCAGUAUGCAAUCAUCAUGUUGGAUGAGGCGCAUGAGAGGACGAUUCACACUGAUGUGCUCUUUGGAUUGUUGAAAAAGACAGUUCAGAAAUGGCAGGACAUGAAGCUGAUUGUCACCUCAGCCACCUUGGAUGCAGUGAAGUUUUAUCAAUACUUCCAUGAAGCCCCCAUUUUCACCAUACCAGGUUGAACAUAUCCAGUGGAAAUACUGUACACAAAGGAACCUGAGACAGAUUAUCUGAAUGCCAGCUUGAUAACUGUUAUGCAGAUCCAUUUAACAGAGCCACCAGGUGAUAUCCUGGUCUUCCUGACUUGUCAGGAAGAGAUUGAUACUGCUUGUGAGACCCUGUAUGAAAGAAUGAAAUCCCUGGGACCUGAUGUUCCAGAGUUAGUUAUCCUCCCAGUGUACUCUGCUCUUCCCAGUGAGAUGCAGACCCAAAUCUUUGACCCAGCUCCACCAGGCAGCAGACAGGUUGUGUUUGCCACCAAUAUCACAGAAACGUCGCUGACUAUUGAUGGCAUCUACUACGUGGUGGACCCAGGAUUCGUGAAGCAGAAAGUUUACAAUUCCAAGAUAGGGAUUGACCAGCUUGUGGUAACACCUAUUUCUCAGCCUGCAAGAUAUCUUUGAAUGGAUUUCUCUCAAAUGUUCCUCCUAAAUUGACAGGGGCUGACCAGGACAGUUCCGUGAUCUCAGCUGAAUCAGGCAAAACCUCAUUCUUUGAAAUGGAAUGAGUGUUCCGAUUAACUGAGCAGAGGAAACUGGUUUCACAGACAAGAAAAGGCUGAGGAAAGCAGAAACAGAAAACAAACAAACAAAAAGGCUGGUCAUUCCAAAGCUACUUUCCUUGCAAAGGUUUUAACAGAGGAGACUUCCUUAUCAUGUCAGCUAGAACUGCCCUGUGUGGGGACUCAGCAAUUAUCUCCCUCUUCUGAUUUCUUAGAAGGUAAGAUCAACAUGCCUAUAGUUCCAGGUACUCAAAAGGGUGAGAGAGGAGAAUUACUUGAGUCCAGAAGGUCAAGGCUGCAGUAAGUCAUGAUUUUGCCACUGCACUCCAGAGGAGCAGGGCCCUAUCUCUCUAUAAAUGAUGAUGAUGAUGAUUAUGAUGAUGACAAUGACAAUGAUGAUUAUGAUAAUGCCUCCCUCGUGGGGCUGUUGAGAGG